AUGGAAAACAACUUUCACCCCGACAAUUUCCGUUUUCUGGAAUCCCAGGGUUCUCUAGAAAGAUCUGAUCCACCUCACAACCCCAUAGGCAGAAAUGAUUUCGAUGAACAAUUUUACUGGGUAAACCAACAUAUGAGGCACCUAUGGACUCAUUCUAACCCUCCUACCUCGACUUCUGGUACCACAUCAACAACUGAUACGCCCUAUGGUACUUUCCAACACUCCUUCCACCCGCUGAACCAUACCAUUAAUAACGAAUCUAUUGCUGACAAUUCUGUCUCUCCGCAUCUCAAUCCUUUAUCUCAUCCUACCGGCAUUCUUGAAAGCAUACCUAACUCUGAGCCUCAACCGUUGUCUGAUAUAGCUUCGGUGCAUCCUUCAAGCGACCGUUCUAUGGCACAGCCUUCGAAUACCCUUGAUCCAUUAACUUAUAUGGACGAUCAAUCAUUUGCUGAGAAAAAUGUAAAUGCAGAACAUCCCAACCAUCCUUCGAUGUUCUCUUGCCCAUCGUCAGCGAACAAUAUCAUGAGCGAACCUUUUGAAAAUGCUAGUUCAGUUCAACCAUUCGAACCUCCCUUGGAUCAAUCAUUGUUGCAGGAUUGCACUCCAUUAUACCGUGUUUGCUCUGCUCCUGAUCCUCCUACAAUUUCGAAUAAACCGUCAGUGAAGUCUUCAAGCGUUGAAAAUCAAUCGUCUUCAACAUCCAACGCUUCUCCGGAAUUUCGAAGUUUGAAAACAUCCUCCGGUUCUUCAAACUUGGGUGCUUUUGAAAAAGUAAAAGAAAAGCUGGGUGAAGUAAAGAAAAAGCGUCAACAAACUAAGCAUGCUUGUGCAAAAUGCCAGAGAGACAAUAAAAAAUGUGACGAGUCUCGUCCUUGUAUACGUUGCCGAAAAACAGAAUGUGAAGAUCAGUGUAUAGACAUUCCUCGCAAAAAACGUCCAGUGGGAAUGAAACGGGGCCCUUACAAAAAAGGUAAUAAUUCAAAUGCUUCUGCGCGACGUACCGAUCAAGAAGCUUUUACGUUAUCACAGAUAAAAAAGCCUAAUCGAAUGGAUGAACCAUUAAUUAUCCAACCUUCUGAGAAAGUUCGGAGCAACAAUGAACCAUCUCGGGCGAAUACCUCGCAAGACGUUCCUUAUAUUGAAUCUAACAAAGAAAGCGAUUGGCAAAAAUCUCGAGUACGUAGCUAUACAAAUCCUGUUGGAAGUGCUGAAAAUGUUCAUUAUCGAUUACCUGAAGCUCUUCGGCUAUAUCAGCAGGACUCUUCAUCUGUAACAGAAUGCACGCCCUCAAAAAUGGAAGUUGAAUACUCUGAACUUUCCAUCCCGCCGGAUUUUUCAGCCUAUACCAUGCAUACGUUCCCACCUCAGCCUAUGAAUUCAGCGAUUCCCAGAACCGAUGAAUAUGUGUCUCAGUCAUGGCCUAUACAUGACUCAUCCAUUGCUCCACAUCAUUUGGUGCCUCACGGAGAAUAUGAGCAUCCUCCUGAAGUAAAAAUGGAAGACGAAAGCCAUCCGCUGAGGGAGAAUUCUCAGAGCGGCAAUGAUCCAUUGCAUCCUUCCUACCAACAUAUGAGUUACGAGAAUAGCCAUAUCCAAGAAGCCGAGCCAUAUGCUAGCACUCACUCUAUGUUUGAUGGAAUGAACCAUCUUGACAAUGCCGUCUCCAACGAUUCAAGUUAUUCACCUCAUGAUACAAAUCUUACUUCUCCAUACAAACCAGAACCACAAACUGCAUUACCUGAAACACAUUAUCCUUUUCUCCGUGGCAGAAUACAUUCCUUUUCCAUCGCUGCUGAUUCACCUCAUCAUCUCGUAGAGCGUCCUUGCCUUCAUUGCCUCGGCGUGACCGAGAAUCCCAACGAACAUGCAAACUUGGCAGAUCUUCGUGAUAGGCAACAGCGAGAAUUGGAAUUUACUUCUAUGUUACUGUUUCAUGAUCACCCUUCAUAUCACGCUAGACCCGACUUGAAUUUUCACGAAGUCCUGCAUCCUGAACAAUUCGCAUACCCCAAUCUUAAUCAUGAUCAUGGCGACAAUUAUGAUUAUUGA